AUGAGUUGCACCCCCCAAUCGAAGAACCAGCCUCAAACGACGGACAGUGAGGCACACCCAAUCCAGUAUCUCGUUCCAGUUCUUGAAAAGAAAAAGAAAAAAGGAACGCUAGUGAUUUGUUUAGUCUUACAUAAUGCUAACGCUGGCCAGAGGGAACGGAUCAUAGGGAAUAGCAGAGUAAAAGUAAUUGGGCGAGUCUUGCAUAAUGGCCGUCUUGGCGAAGUCGAUGAUUAUCUCACACACAAUUCUCCCAUGCAGACUGAAAGUUCACGAAGUGCGACUUGUACUGUUAGUCUGUUAUACACGAAUGACGUUACUAUUCUAUUGGUGUCUGAAGGUCAUCGCUUGGAGACUGGAGUAAACAAGAAGCACAUCAGUCACGCCACCACUGAUAUUGCGGACCGACUUGACUUUAGGCUCCUCAGCACUGAUCAAUACAGCCAUAAACUUGAUGAUCUUCCAAUGAGAAGUGAAUAG